AAGACAGUCUAAAAGAGAGAAAAACUAGGGUUCCAAUCAAACACACCAAAAAAAUUGCAGAAAAAAAAAAAAAAGAAAAAUACAACAACAAUACAUAUAAUACAAUAAUGGGUAUUUUAAUCAUAGUUGAGUAGAGGAAAAAAAUGAAAGCAUUGCCGAAAAAUUCGGGAAAAAAGCAAGAAGAAAAAGUGUUGAAACUCAUUCAAUUUCACAUGGAGAUUCGAGCCCUAAUUUCUUCUUCAUCUUCAUCUUCAUCUUCCAUUAGAAAGGGAACUAAUUCCGUACUCUAUCUCUUCAUACUUUUCAUCAUCAUCCUCUCUGUUCUUUAAGUCCAUUUUCAUCUUCUUAUUGCUUGAUUUCAUGCUUUACUAGUUGAAAUUUCCCAUAAAGUUUUCAUCUUUUUUGAAUCUUGUUGAGUUCUGGAUCUUGUUUGGUUGAUGUUCCAUCUGGGGUUUGUUCAUUCUGAUGUUGUUGAUGAUUCCGGGAUUGGUUAGCUAGUUAGGGUUUGUUCUUUGUUCUUGGGGAUUUUUAAUAUUUUUAUAAUAUUUUCACAAUAUUUUUACAAUAUUUUUACAAUAUAUUUAUAAAAAAAACUUUUUUUUUUUUUUUUGUGUAAAUACAUUUCUUAGUUGAGAUGUUUUCUGAUUUCAAGGAGACCUUUUUGUUCCUUUCUUGAAUCUUUCCAUUUACAAAAGAAAAAAAAAACAUCAUAUAGUUUCAUAGGGCUGUUAAACUGUUUAUCUGUUAAUCUGUUAAUCUGUUAAACAGCCUUAAUAUAUGCAAAAAAGCCCAAUUUGUUUUUCCAGUUUUUGGGUUCUAUAGAGGUAUAAAUUUGUUAGUUGAUUGACAGUCUUGACAUAGGAUAUAAUCAUAAUCAUAUAACUAUAACCAGAAUUCGGGUUUUUAUACGAGUUUUCGAUGAGCGGUUUCGAUAUUUGAUGGGAGUGCCUGUUAAUUCACUGCUAGAUUUGAUUUCAAAAGUUGGAUCUUGGGUUAAUUGGGGGAUAAGUGGUAUAAGUUCUUUAUCUGGUGAAGUCAAAAUGGCUGAGGGUGGUCAAAGUCAAAGACAAAGUCAAACCAUGUGUUGUGGAUGUGAAUUGGGGGUUUCGGAGUCUUGCGUUGGUUAUUCGUGUGAACGGUGCAGCCGUUUGUUUUGCGAGAGUUGUGUGGAAGGCUGUGGAUUAUUUGUCGUUGAAUCGAAAAGUAUCCGAUCUUGCAAGUUUUGUUCCGGUUUUGAAAUUAAACAAAAGUUUGGAGGCAAGUUUAGUCAUAAAAUUCAUCCUUGUGAUUCGCCCCGACAAAGCCCCGAACCCGCUUCACCAAAUUAUUCCGGUGAGAGAUUUGACGGGUCGAAUCUUAAAGCAGUAUCCGUAUACCGCUCCGCCAUCAGGAGUGAUGAAGACGAAGGAGAAUAUUCGUCAAAAAGCAUCAUCAGCCCGUAUAGUAUCGACUCUUCAGACGUAGAAUCAAGUAGCGUCAAUACCCGACAUGACUUUUACAGUUUCAUGUCGGUUGAUUCGAGUCCAUCAGACAGCCCGUGUAGGACCCGCUUUACGUCCACUAGACUUAGCCAUUCUGUACAGCCCGACGAGCAGGAAACUCCUCGGUCUCUGACCGAUGGUUCUUACGACCAAGAACCGUUGGUGGCUGUUUUAAAAAGCCAUCAAAACGGGCCCAAAGAACCCGAUAGUACUACUAUCACUAACGACGAUUUGUCGACAUUUAGGGACCAAUAUGAGCCGUUGGAUCUUGAAAACAACGGUCUUAUUUGGUUUCCUCUGCCGUUACACGAUGAAGAAACCGGUUUCUUCUCGUACGCUGACGAUGACGACGAAAUGGGCCCACCGGGGGAUGUUUUUUCCUCGAGUGAUACCCUUAUGAGCGUUCUUUCGGAAAAUAGUAAAAGUUUCGAGCAUAAGAAACCGUUGGAAAACGUGGUUCAGGGUCAUUUUCGGGCUCUUGUAUCGCAACUAUUGCAAUCUGAAGAUGUGGCGGGAGACGAUUGGCUCGAUAUCAUAACGUCUUUAGCAUGGCAAGCGGCUAAUUUCGUGAAACCGGAUACUAGCAGAGGUGGUAGUAUGGAUCCUGGAGAUUAUGUAAAGAUUAAAUGUAUAGCUUCCGGAAAUCCCGAUGAAAGUAUGUUUGUUAAAGGAGUAGUUUGUACAAAAAACAUAAAGCAUAAACGCAUGACUUCGCAGUACAAGAACCCUUGGUUGCUUAUUUUAGGCGGUGCACUCGAGUAUCAGCGUGCUCAUAAUCAGCUCGCAUCUAUCGAGACUCUAUUGCAGCAGGAAAUGGAUCAUUUGAAGAUGAUUGUUUCAAGAAUCGAGGCUCGUCGUCCAAAUGUGCUACUAGUGGAAAAAAGUGUAUCGUCAUAUGCACAAGAGUAUCUUUUAGCCAAAGAAAUCUCAUUGGUUUCGAAUAUCAAACGCCCUUUGUUAGAGCGUAUAGCCAGGUGUACAGGUGCACCUAUAACUCCAUCCGUAGAUAAGAUCUCCACCACACGAUUGGGCCAGUGUGAGCUUUUCCGAUUAGAAAAGUUCACCGAACACCAUGAAGUCGCUGGUCAGUCCACCAAGAAACCGUCCAAGACUUUCAUGUUUUUUGAUGGUUGCCCUAGGCGGUUGGGUUGCACGGUCUUGCUAAAAGGCGCAAGUCGGGAAGAACUAAAAAAAGUUAAACACGUCGUUCAGUAUGCCGUAUUCGCCGCUUAUCAUCUAUCACUCGAAACUUCUUUUUUGGCUGAUGAGGGUGCUACUUUACCUAAAAUGACCAUUAAGCCCUCAGAUGUUACCAACUCUCCAAAAUCCGAAGAACAUGACGCGGAUAUCGACAAUCAUAUGAUGACGAUGAAUAUAAAUGACGUAUCUAGCCCCCCUACUAUGGAAGAAAUAGUAUCAUGUGACUCAACCGAAAGAAUUGAAGUAAACGAGGACUCAAAUGAAUAUUAUUCAGCGACAGACAAUAAUCAGAGCAUUUUAGUGUCGUUUUCUAGCCGAUGUGUGUUAAAUGGUAAUGUAUGUGAACGAUCAAGGCUCUUGCGGAUAAAAUUCUAUGGCUGCUUUGAUAAACCGCUCGGGAGAUACCUCCAAGAUGAUCUUUUUGAUCAGGCAUCAUCGUGUCGAUCUUGCGACAAACCAGCCGAAGCCCAUGUGAUAUGCUACACUCACCCACAGGGGAACUUAACAAUUAACGUCAAACGACUUCCAUCUCUGAACCUACCCGGGGAGAAAGAUGGAAAGAUAUGGAUGUGGCACAGGUGUCUCCGAUGCUCCCCUAUAAACGGUGUCCCACCCGCGACCCGUAGGGUGGUUAUGUCUGACGCCGCAUGGGGUCUCUCUUUCGGGAAAUUUCUAGAACUUAGUUUUUCAAAUCACUCAACCGCUAAUCGCAUUGCGGGAUGCGGUCAUUCUCUUCAAAGAGACUGCCUUCGUUUCUACGGGUUGGGGAGUACGGUGGCUUUUUUCCGCUACUCUCCGAUUGAUAUUCUUUCCGUUCGGUUGCCGCCAUCUGUACUACAGUUUAGUGGCCACGUUCAACAGGGUUGGUUAAAGAAAGAAGUAACCGAGCUUUUAAACAAGACGAAAGCGUUGUAUGGUGAGAUAUCCGAUGUAUUACACGAGACGAAACAGAAGAGUAUUUCUCAUGCAGCUUCGGAUACCGACGAGUUAAAUAAACAAAUCGAGGAGUUGAAUAAAGAUUUGAUCAAAGAAAGAGAUGUAUACAUAGAAUUGCUUCAACCUUGUGGCGAAAGUGUGGCGGAAAUCGAUGUUCUCGAACUUAACCGUUUGAGACAUUCGCUCAUGAUCGAUUUGCAUGUUUGGGAUCAACGGCUCGAGUCUCUUAAUUCUAUCUUUAAAAGGAAUUCUAGUUUCGAAGUCAAACACCGAAGAGCUUAUUCGACUCUCGAAGUUAUCGUUGACCAUAGUCAUGCAUCCGAUGACCCUGAAUCCGAACAAAUCGAUUCGAACGGAGAGAUCGAUGAAUCCAAUCAAAUCGACAUGAAGUCGAUAUCUUCCGACCAGUUCAGUGAAUGUAACGCAUCGUUUCUAUCCGACACAAUUGACUCUGCAUGGACCGGUCCUUUGACCCGACCCGAGAAUCAACAAAUUAGACGGUUGAUUUCCACACCUGCUCGGGUUUAUUCGUUUGAUUCCGCAAUGACUUUACAAGAAAGAAUGAGGUAUCAAGACUCGAGAAAUUAUACCCACAUGUCAAAAGUCAAAGUCAACGAUAACAUACAACGGAGUUACUCACAAGUCAUCCCCAAUGAAGAUCCGAAGUUGGAUUUCUUGUGGAGGACGAAACCGUUAUUCAUUUCCCGAACUUCACUUCUCCCUGACGGGGCUCGUUUGAUCCGUGGUCAAAACGUGGUGAUUGCCGUUUACGAAAACGAGCCCACAAGCAUAAUAUCGUACGCCCUUGCUUCAAAGGAAUACGAAGCUUGGUUUACCAAUAAACCGCAUCUACAUAAACAGCAUUCCGUAGCUUCAAAGCUUUCCGCUUGGCAGUCUUUCGGCUCUAAUAACGAUUUUGACUACAUGCCGUAUGGUAAUUACGGGUCAGAAGAAUCGUCAACGACAAUGGGGUCGUUGUUUUCCGAGCCGAGAAGCUCUCAUCACUUAACGAUUCAGUUUGAGGAUGAAUCGGGACCCGGUGGAAAAGUCAAAUUCUCGGUGACGUGUUAUUUCGCUAAGCAGUUUGACGGUCUUAGAAAGAAAUGCUGCCCUAGUGAAACCGACUACAUGCGUUCGUUGAGCCGAUGCAAGAAAUGGAUGGCACAAGGAGGUAAAAGUGGUGCUGAUUUCGCGAAAUCGUUAGACGAUCGGUUUUUAAUAAAGGGUGUCACUAAAACCGAGCUGGAUUCGUUUGAGGAAUUCGCACCACAGUAUUUUAAAUACCUGACCGAUUCGCUAAACACCGGGAGUCCGACUUGUCUUGCUAAAAUCGUCGGCAUUUAUCAGGUUAAUGUGAAGCAUUUGAGAGGCGGGAAAGAAUCGAAGUCGAUUGUGAUGGUGAUGGAGAAUUUGUUUUUCAAGAAAAAUAUAUCGCGAGUUUAUGAUCUAAAAGGAUCUGCGAGAUCACGUUAUAACUCGGAUAUUACGGGAACGAUGCUCGAUAUGAACUUAUUGGAAGCCUUGCGGACCAAUCCGCUCUUUCUUGGAAGCAAAGCUAAGAGGAAUCUCGAAAGAGCCGUUUGGAACGACACAUCCUUCUUAGCGUCGAUCGACGUGAUGGAUUAUUCUCUAUUGGUUGGAGUGGAUGAAGGGAGUAAAGAAUUGGUUCUCGGGAUCAUCGAUUUCAUGCGACAAUAUACAUGGGACAAACAGCUUGAAACAUGGGUAAAAGCGUCGGGGAUUCUAGGCGGGCCCAAGAACGCGUCGCCAACGAUAAUUUCUCCGAAGCAGUACAAAAGGAGGUUUCGAAAAGCCAUGACGAGUUACUUUCUUACCGUACCGGAUCAAUGGUCGUUAUGAAAAAUGAAAUGAAGGUGUUCUUUGUUUAGUUUUAAAGAACAGAUUAUUAUUAUUAUUAUUAUUAAUAAAGGACAUUAGAGUCUAAGAUUAGAUUGAAUUUGGUCAUAUUGGGGUAGCAUUUACCCUUUGAUUUGUUAUUUUGUAUACAAAUCCACAUGUAUCAUUCCUGUAGAUGCUCUCUGAGUUAAAUGAAAACUUGCUGGUCAAGAUUCUGCUCUC